AUGAGCGCUAAUAAGGUCCCAUUCAAUAAUGUUGGCAGGAAAAGUGAAGAUUUCGAGGAAGAUACAAAUAUUUCAUUACAAGAAGAUAUUGCUGUUUUAUAUUAUGAUGCACAACAGGCUCCUAUAUUUAAUAAUGACCCUGAAGGUGAAUUUAGACCAAAUGGAAAUGAAGAAUCUACAGAUACAGUACCACUAAAUCAACUACAACAAAACCAUGAAAGUUCUAGACUAUCAAAUUCAACAGUUGGAGGAAAAACUGCCGGUCAGAUUCCUGGAAAUUCAAUUGAGCAAUGUCCUAAAGAUUCACUUCAACCAUAUCCAGAGCCAUUACACCAUGUGAGACAUUCGCAGAACACACACCUUCAAAGCCCACAAACAACACAAUUACAACAAGUACAACCAUAUAAUCAACUUCAGUUUUACAACCAACAAGUUAGCCAGCUGCAUCCUUUGGCUAAUAUGGAAGUUCAUCAAGUAAAUCAAUUUAAACCAAUAAAAAAUACCACUUAUUACUCAGAAACUACACCAUACGGUUCAAAUUCUGGCUCCAGACAAAGAUCCAUAAUCUCCAAAUCUUCAACGUUUACUACAGGGGCGUUGGACUUGAAUGACUAUUCAAAUUACCAAUUGAAAAAUGAUCAGUAUGACCCCAAUUUUAUAUCAAAAGCUGUUGCAAAUAUGAAAAGACCCCCUAAAGCCCUGAAUUCCGCUUUGAAGACUAAUAAGGAAAAAGCUGCUAAUCAUAUAGAGAAAUUAAGGCUUUCAAACAUGGGAAAUCUUUUAGAGACAACUGACAACAGAUAUGGUCAUAUUGAUUCCACUAAUUCAAUGUUAAAUUCGCUACUGACUCAAAAUCAAACACUAAGAAAUAAUAAUACCGAUAAUGGCAAUAUGUCAGUAAGGCAAAUAAAUCUCAUAGAUACAACCAAAACACCACAAUCAGGCGGUGAUAAUCAUAAUGAUAUUAACGGCGUAACUGUUAAAUCUGAUCAUUCUAGUCAUGGACAAAUACAAUUUACCAACACAUCCCAAAAUCAUCAUGAGGAAAAUCAACCAAAUGGAUCAUCACAAACUGAUAUUGACCCAGAAAGACACAAUCAAAGUAAGGAAACAUCAGAUAACCGUAAUUGA